AUGAAGAGGUUUGGCAGCCUGAGGAGGAGUAAGAAGCGGAAGCAACAGGACCUGCUAGUGGCAGGAAGAUGCCAGCCAGAGCCACCAUGUAUGCCUGGUAAUGUCUUGUACUGUUCACAUGAUCACACUAUAUGAUCACACUACUAUAAAAGUGUCUAACUGCAUAGUAUAUGAUGGGCCACAAGACCUAAAACAGUGCAUGUUGAAUAUAUUAUUCCCUCAAUGUCUCUUUAGAUUCUGACUAUUACACUGUAAAUAGUGUAUUGUUACCAAUAGGGAAGCCGGUCUUCCCUUGGCAACCAUGCAUAUAUGCCACUGCAGAAAGCUAACACUAUGAUGCCCUGUCACCUUAUUAAUUUGGCCACUUACUUGCAAGUUAAAGCUAGGGGUCUCAUUAACGCAGAAAUCUUUGUUUUUCACUCAGGAAAAAAGAUAAAACACAUAAGAAAUAUCUUGCUGUGUUUUGUAAACGCAGAUCUAAAAUGCUUCUUAUUGUAAUUUCUAAUCGGCAUCAGACUAAUUUUGUGCUUCAGUUGCACUUUUCCACUCUAAUGACAAUUCACAAACAGGCAUUCUAUCAGCAGACAGCACUCUGACUGAUAUACAGUGAGGGAAAAAAAGUAUUUGAUCCCCUGCUGAUUUUGUAUGUUUGCCCACUGACAAAGACAUUAUCAGUCUAUAAUUUUAAUGGUAGGUUUAUUUGAACAGUGAGAGACAGAAUAACAACAACAAAAAUCCAGAAAAACGCAUGUCAAAAAUGUUAUAAAUUGAUUUGCAUUUUAUUGAAGGAAAUAAGUAUUUGACCCCCUCUGCAAAACAUGACUUAGUACUUGGUGGCAAAACCUUUGUUGGCAAUCACAGAGGUGAGACAUUUCUUGUAGUUGGCCACCAGGUUUGCACACAUCUCAGGAGGGAUUUUGUCUCACUCCUCUUUGCAGAUCUUCUCCAAGUCAUUAAGGUUUCGAGGCUGACGUUUGGCAACUCGAACCUUCAGCUCCCUCCACAGAUUUUCUAUGGGAUUAAGGUCUGGAGACUGGCUAAGUCACUCCAGGACCUUAAUGUGCUUCUUCUUGAGCCACUCCUUUGUUGCCUUGGCCGUGUGUUUUGGGUCAUUGUCAUGCUGGAAUACCCAUCCACGACCCAUUUUCAAUGCCCUGGCUGAGGGAAGGAGGUUCUCACCCAAGAUUUGACGGUACAUGGCCCCGUCCAUCGUCCCUUUGAUGCGGUGAAGUUGUCCUGUCCCCUUAGCAGAAACCCCCCCCCCCCCAAAGCAUAAUGUUUCCACCUCCAUGUUUGACGGUGGGGAUGGUGUUCUUGGGGUCAUAGGCAGCAUUCCUCCUCCUCCAAACACGGCGAGUUGAGUUGAUGCCAAAGAGCUCCAUUUUGGUGUCAUCUGACCACAACACUUUCACCCAGUUCUCCUCUGAAUCAUUCAGAUGUUCAUUGGCAAACUUCAUACGGGCCUGUAUAUGUGCUUUCUUGAGCAGGGGGACUUUGCGGGCGCUGCAGGAUUUCAGUCCUUCACGGUGUAGUGUGUUACCAAUUGUUUUCUUGGUGACUAUGGUCCCAGCUACCUUGAGAUCAUUGACAAGAUCCUCCCGUGUAGUUCUGGGCUGAUUCCUCACCGUUCUCAUGAUCAUUGCAACUCCACGAGGUGAGAUCUUGCAUGGAGCCCCAGGCCGAGGGAGAUUGACAGUUAUUUUGUGUUUCUUCCAUUUGCGAAUAAUCGCACCAACUGUUGUCACCUUCUCUCCAAGCUGCUUGGCGAUGGUUUUGUAGCCCAUUCCAGCCUUGUGUAGGUCUACAAUCUUGUCCCUGACAUCCUUGGAGAGCUCUUUGGUCUUGGCCAUGGUGGAGAGUUUGGAAUCUGAUUGAUUGAUUGCUUCUGUGGACAGGUGUCUUUUAUACAGGUAACAAGCUGAGAUUAGGAGCACUCCCUUUAAGAGUGUGCUCCUAAUCUCAGCUCGUUACCUGUAUAAAAGACACCUGGGAGCCAGAAAUCUUUCUGAUUGAGAGGGGGUCAAACACUUAUUUCCCUCAAUAAAAUGCAAAUCAAUUUAUAGCAUUUUUUACAUGCGUUUUUCUGGAUUUUUUUGUUGUUAUUCUGUCUCUCACUGUUCAAAUAAACCUACCAUUAAAAUUAUAGACUGAUAAUGUCUUUGUCAGUGGGCAAACAUACAAAAUCAGCAGGGGAUCAAAUACUUUUUUCCCUCACUGUAUAUCAGUCAGAGUGCUGUCUGCUGAUAGAAUGCCUGUUUGUGAAUUGUCAUUAGAGUGGAAAAGUGCAACUGAAGCACAAAAUUAGUCUGAUGCCGAUUAGAAAUUACAAUAAGAAGCAUUUUAGAUCUGCGUUUACAAAACACAGCAAGAUAUUUCUUAUGUGUUUUAUCUUUUUUCCUGAGUGAAAAACAAAGAUUUCUGCGUUAAUGAGACCCCUAGCUUUAACUUGCAAGUAAGUGGCCAAAUUAAUAAUCAUUUCUUUGUCAGUGGGCAAACGUACAAAAUCAGCAGGGGAUCAAAUACUUUUUUCCCUCACUGUAUGUAGCUACUUUUGCUGGUAUUUUUCUGGGUGUUGCCAGCCUACUUUUCUCCGGUAAAAUGCAAAAUUAACUUUUAAGCAAAACAUUAGGAAAUGUAGCUGGCUACGUUCUUUCUAUGAUAAACAUUAGAAAUAUGAUGGCCAUGCAUUGUUUCUACAAAAAAUACCUUGCUUUUUCUUUGCAAGCUCAUUUACUUGUGUGGCUGCCAGCCAAAUAGCUAUUUUCUGCUGAAUGUGUUGCACUAAUGUAGUUUCUGUGAAGGAAAACUAUAGUUGCACGUCCCCGAUCACUCUAUUGAAGCAAAAAAACACGACUUUUAAUAUAAAACGCGAUCCCUGUCAAUACACAGCUGGACUCACCUGCUCCCACUUUCUCCCGUUGUGCUAUUUACAAACAAACACAUGACUGGUUCAACUGUUCUGGGGAACUAUGGUAAUCUUCAUAAUGUCAAAUAAUGUGACAGGUGAAAUGAAGAGCGCGAUCUGCUUUAUCUCCCAAAUAUUAAAAUGUAUUGAAAAACAGAGAUAAUGAAUCAGACUCAGACAGAAUAAAUGUUUCUUAUCAGAGCAGUUAAAUUAAUCCUCUUGAUUCAGUAGUAAUAUAAACAGCAUCCAUUUUGUAACAAGUACAGUUAGGUAGACAUCACUCUGACCCCAUGUUUAUCCGGACAGUAAAAACAGCAUUAAUUUUGUAAUUAGCACUGCACCCACAUAUAGGGGCUGCUGACGGCUCAGAGGUCUUUAUGACUGGUGUUCCUCAGGUCUUCAUCCCUCAGGUUUUAGAUAAGGGGCUCUCGUUUCACAGUCGCAUACUACACAUCCUUAUAAAACACUUGAGCCCCUAAAGUAGAGAGGAUUCAUGUGUUGAGUGAAGCAGUAGCCAAGCAUAUAGGCGUGUAACUAAAACUGCAGUUAGUAUCUUGGUAGUAGCUGGUAUCUUGGAGCAUUGUACAUUUGUGGAUUGUAUGAAUCCAAUGUAACAAUGAAAUACAGUGAGGAUAUGAGAAAUAGCCUAGCGGUUAGAGCGUUGGGCCAGUAACCGAAAGGUCGCUAGUUCGACUCACAGAGCCGACAAGGUGGAAAAUCUGAUGUGCCCUUGAGCAAGGUAAUUAACCAUAAUUGCUCCAAUGACCCUACACUCUGAGAGUGGGAUAUGGAAAAAACACAUUUCCAAUUCGCACAUCCGUACUUGUACAUGUGUGAAAUAGGACAAAUAUAGGCACCCACCAAAUUAUUAUUAUUAUUAUUAUUAAAUAUGUUACUUUCUGGAUAUAUUAUUUAUUCUUAAAAUUUGAGUACAAAAUAGAAUGAAAUAUACUUCCAGUACUGUAUAAAAAGCACAACAGUAAACUAACAUGUUUUGACUUUUUACAUUCAAUCUAACUAAUCUUGAUUUAGGAGUUCUCGUUUUAUUUUAUUUUAUGGACUAAAUAGAAUGGUAAUUGAUAGUCCUUCUACUUGAACAGGAUGAUAAUCCAAAUUCGUUAUUCUUUGCCCACAUUGGUUAGUCUCGGUGGAAUCGGCGCUGCUCUAUUUUGGAACGUUAAACUAUCUGAAAAUAGACAGUGGCCCGGCUUUCGGGGGUGUCGCCUCUCCUUCCAGAGUGUCAGGGACAGGGAUAGGGCAGCCUGGUAUCAACUGAUCAAGUGUCAGUCUGUGAUACAUCACGAGACAUGAUGCAUAAGUCAAUACUUUGCAUUCAAUGCAAAAAGAUAUGUGGCAGACAGACAUGUACACUCACAGACAGUGUCAAGUCAAUCUAAUAAAAAGUGACUGAAAUCCACUUCAGAUUUCAUUCAAGGCUCUUAGUUUCUAGAACUGCAAGACCAUUGUGUCCAAUGGAGGUCAAACUUUUGUGCCAAUUGACUUCAAAUUUCAUAUGCCAGGUCAUGACGGUCCCCGGUCACAUAUGUAAAAUUUGGGAGGGUUCAACCUUUUUAAUCCUUCGAAAUCGCCCCUAUAGCCCCCGAUUUAGUCAAUUCUUAUAAUUGCAGGAAAUUCAAUAACACUCUUUAAGGGACAAUCUUGAACAAUGCCCUGAGUUUCAAGUCUUUACGUUAAGAAUGUACCAUUCUACAGAGGAUGGAACAUGGAAGACAGUGUUUUUGUGGAACUACAGGGAAAGAAUGAAAGACCAUGUUGAGGAUAAAUUAAGUCACUUCCUGUUAACAAAGGGCAUCACUAUAAAGUCAGAACUGGGUAUGUUAGCUGGCUAUAUCACAGUCCACGGGGUCAUCAUGGUUAUGUAAGGGGGUGUAGGUGAUGCUUUUCUAUGGAAGAAAGGCCUUGUUCUCAGUGGGACCAAGUUUUCACUGUGAAGAGUUAACUUCACAUGGUCAGGUGUAGGCCUGCGUUCAUCGGGAGCUUCUGCUGAACGAUCCCAUACUUGAAUUGUGUUUCUAGCCUCAACUGUUCUGCCAAUGUCACUCAAAAGCACCUUAAAUCAGCUUCAAGUCAGGCAUACCUUUCUGCCAUGUAGUGUUAAUAAUUGUUAAUUGGAUUAGGGUUAGGGUUAUGUCUAGGGUUGAGGCCCUAAACCUAGCUUCAUGUCCACUCCCGACUGAAACCUAACCCUAGAUUAAAGUCCACAUCCCAGCUCAACCGGUACCCUAGCCAUAUCCCUAACCCUGGCCUUUUAUCAAUUCGAUUUGCUCACCUCCUGCUUCAUUUCUCAUCUGUCCUCUCUAGCCUCCUUUCGUAAAAGGUCAAAGUUAAUCGAGGAGAGUAGGCGAGGAGAGCGAACGUGGAUGGAAAUGCACUUGCUUGAAAUGUGACUGGCCUCCUCAUUUUACAGGGGUGGAUCCUAAAAUAAAUGUGUAAAGUGCUCAAAACAAAUUAAAGUUAGUUGUGCAAGACAUUUUAUAGAUAAACCAAUAAGUAGCAUGUUGUUUUUAAAAGUGUGCACGUUUUUCUCCUCUGACAAAACAAAAGCUGAUUCAAAGGGGGUGUGGCAGAUUUCAAAACUCGGAUACACAUGAGCAUCCUCAAUGAAUGGUGGCUAUCGAGGAGGGGAUGACGCUUCCGUUUGCCUACUAACGAAUUGACACAUUCCUCGACCACUUAUCGGUUACCGGGUCAUGGAGGAGAGAGGACGGAGGACGGUCUUUUGCCCUAACGAGAAUCUCCCCCUAGCUUAAUGUCCACAUUCCGGCUCAACCCUAGCCAUAACCCUAACCCUAGCUCUCACUACUGGUGUCCCCAAGUGCUUGACUCAAGGCCCUCUUCUCCAAAUACACCAAGUCACUCGGCUCCGUCAUAUCCUCACAUGGUCUCUCCUAUCAUUGCUAUGCGGAUGACACUCAACUACUUCUCUCCUUCCCCCCCUUCUGACACCCAGGUGGUGACACACAUCUCUGCGUGCCUGGCAGAUAUCUCAUCUUGGAUUUCAGCCCACCACCUCAAGCUCAACCUCGACAAGACGGAACUGCUCUUCCUCCAGGAGAAGUCCUGCCCGCUCAAAGACCUCUCCAUUACGGUUGACAACUCCACAGUGUCGCCCUCCCAGAGUGCAAAGAACCUAGUUGGUCUGACCCUGGACAACACCCUGUCGUUCUCAAACAUCAAAGCAGUGACCCGCUCCUGCAGGUUCAUGCGCUACAACAUCCGUAGAGUACGACCCUACCUCACAGAGGAAGCGGCGCAGGUCCUAAUCCAGGCACUUAUCCUCUCCCGUCUGGACUACUCAAACCCCUGCAACUCAUCCAGAACGCUGCAACCCGCCUGGUUUUCCACCUUCCCAAGUUCUCUCAUGUCACCCCGCUCCUCCGCACACUCCACUGGCUUCCAGUCGAAACUCACAUCCACUACAAGACCAUGGUACUUGCCUACGGAACAGCAAGAAGAACUGCCCCUCCCUACCUUCAGGCUAUGCUCAAACCCUACACCCCAACCCGAGCACUCCGUUCUGCCACCUCAGAUCUCUUGGCCAUCCCACCCCUUCGGGAGGGCAGCUCCCACUCAGCCCAAUCCAAGCUCUUCUCUGUCCUGGCACCCCAAUAGUGGAACCAGCUUCCCCCUGAAGCUAGGACAUCAUCCGAAAACAUCUGAAACCCUACCUCUACAAAGAGUAUCUUAAAUAAUCCUCCUCACCUUGGCUCAAUCCUAGCCCUAACUUUAACCCUAACUUCUUGUUCACAUCCCCUAUGGCUUGAGUUAGGGCUGAGCCGGUAUGUGAACAUGAAGUUAAGGUUGAUGUUAGUCUGCCUCCCUGCCUGUCUGUCUGUCUGUGAGUGUAUAUGUCUGCCUGCCUCUGUCUCUCUGUCUGUGAGUGGAUCUGUCUGUCUGAGAGGUGGUGGAAGAGAGGAGGGAGAUAAUGGAGCGGGGAAAAGAUUAGGGGAGGGAGGGGGAAAAGAUUAGGGGAGGGAGGGGGGAAAAAAGGAGGGAGCAAGAAUAAAGGGGAGAGGAAGGAGAGGGAAACAAGGGGGAGGGGUGAGAAAUAAGGGAAGCAGGGUGGAUAAAGAGUAAGUAGAAAUAGCGACAGGGCGGGAGAGGGGAUUAGAGAAUAGAGAGAACAGCUAUAAAAAACGACAGACUAUCUGUCUGUGAGUUUAUGCCUGUCUGUCUGAGUCUUUCAACAAUUUACCCAUUGCAGCUUUAUCACCAACUUAUUUGCCUUGAAUACAAUGUAUUGACUUAUGCUUCAAUACCCUUGAUGCAUACAGUGGGGGGAAAAAGUAUUUAGUCAGCCACCAAUUUUGCAAGUUCUCCCACUUAAAAAGAUGAGAGGCCUGUAAUUUUCAUCAUAGGUACACGUCAACUAUGACAGACAAAUUGAGAUUUUUUUUCUCCAGAAAAUCACAUUGUAGGAUUUUUAAUGAAUUUAUUUGCAAAUUAUGGUGGAAAAUAAGUAUUUGGUCACCUACAAACAAGCAAGAUUUCUGGCUCUCACAGACCUGUAACUUAUUCUUUAAGAGGCUCCUCUAUCCUCCACUCGUUACCUGUAUUAAUGGCACCUGUCUGAACUUGUUAUCAGUAUAAAAGACACCUGUCCACAACCUCAAACAGUCACACUCCAAACUCCACUAUGGCCAAGACCAAAGAGCUGUCAAAGGACACCAGAAACAAAAUUGUAGACCUGCACCAGUCUGGGAAGACUGAAUCUGCAAUAGGUAAGCAGCUUGGUUUGAAGAAAUCAACUGUGGGAGCAAUUAUUAGGUAAUGGAAGACAUACAAGACCACUGAUAAUCUCCCUCGAUCUGGGGCUCCACGCAAGAUCUCACCCCGUGGGGUCAAAAUGAUCACAAGAACGGUGAGCAAAAAUCCAAGAACCACACGGGGGGACCUAGUGAAUGACCUGCAGAGAGCUGGGACCAAAGUAACAAAGCCUACCAUCAGUAACACACUACGCCGCCAGGGACUCAAAUCCUGCAGUGCCAGACGUGUCCCCCUGCUUAAGCCAGUACAUGUCCAGGCCCGUCUGAAGUUUGCUAGAGUGCAUUUGGAUGAUCCAGAAGAGGAUUGGGAGAAUGUCAUAUGGUCAGAUGAAACCAAAAUAUAACUUUUUGGUAAAAACUCAACUCGUCGUGUUUGGAGGACAAAGAAUGCUGAGUUGCAUCCAAAGAACACCAUACCUACUGUGAAGCAUGGGGGUGGAAACAUCAUGCUUUGGGGAUGUUUUUCUGCAAAGGGACCAGGACGACUGAUCCGUGUAAAGGAAAGAAUGAAUGGGGCCAUGUAUCGUGAGAUUUUGAGUGAAAACCUCCUUCCAUCAGCAAGGGCAUUGAAGAUGAAACGUGGCUGGGUCUUUCAGCAUGACAAUGAUCCCAAACACACCGCCCGGGCAACGAAGGAGUGGCUUCGUAAGAAGCAUUUCAAGGUCCUGGAGUGGCCUAGCCAGUCUCCAGAUCUCAACCCCAUAGAAAAUCUUUGGAGGGAGUUGAAAGUCCGUGUUGCCCAGCGACAGCCCCAAAACAUCACUGCUCUAGAGGAGAUCUGCAUGGAGGAAUGGGCCAAAAUACCAGCAACAGUGUGUGAAAACCUUGUGAAGACUUACAGAAAACGUUUGACCUGUGUCAUUGCCAACAAAGGGUAUAUAACAAAGUAUUGAGAAACUUUUGUUAUUGACCAAAUACUUAUUUUCCACCAUAAUUUGCAAAUAAAUUCAUUAAAAAUCCUAGAAUGUGAUUUUCUGGAAUUUUUUUCCUCAUUUUGUCUGUCAUAGUUGACGUGUACCUAUGAUGAAAAUUACAGGCCUCUCUCAUCUUUUUAAGUGGGAGAACUCGCACAAUUGGUGGCUGACUAAAUACUUUUCUUCCCCACUGUAUCUAUGCCUCAAUAUUCUUGACGCAUAUCUAUAUUGAUGUGUAUCUUUUAGCAUUGAAUGCAAUGUAUUAACUUAUGCAUCAUGUCUCAUGAUGCAUAUCUUUUUGCAAAAGCAUCACAGACUGAUGCUUAUCAAUGAUAUCAUGUUGCAAUGGGUCAUCACACUGGAUGCUUGGGAUGUUAUGGAUGGUGGCCUUUGGGAUAUCUCACUGGAUGCUUGGGGUGUGACGAACGGUGGCUUUGAGUGGCACUUUGCCAUGAACUGCUCUUGAUUUUAGCCCCAGUCUGACCUGGGAUCAUUGGAGGAAGGGAUUAUGGCCCUAGCUGUCAUGAUGAUGUAAAUCCAUAUGUAAUAAUAAUAAUUAAUAAUUUCAUGUAUCCUUAUAUUUGCCCUAUUUAGAUGCAUGUGUGAAUUGGAAAUGUGUUUUUUGCAUAUCCCAACUCCCCCUGAGACACCCUCAGAAAGUGGUGCCACGGCCAUUAUCAACAGCGACCCUGGAGCAAUUAGGGUUAAGUGCAUUGCUCAUGGGCACAUCACUUUGUAGGCUCUGGGAUUCGAACUAGCAACCUUUCCAGUUACUGGCCCAACGCUCUAUCCGCUAGCCUAACUGCCGCCCAUGUGUAAAGCCAUAUGUGGUGCUAUGUUUAGUUGGUCUGGUCCCAUACUUUAUGUUCUGUGCCAAGUCUUCUAUGGUUACAGCAUGACCAUAAUAGAAGAGUAUGGCAUGUCAACAAUAGAAGAAUUGUCUAUAGCAGAUGGUACGAGGCUAGAAGAGUUGGCUGGCAUGUGUAACCCCUUUGUAACGUUUGGUCCUCCUGACCCUGACAGAUCUUUUGAGUCAAGACAAUGUGGUAUAGUUACUUAGCUUGUUUUAAACAUUACAAUUUAUACAUUACAAUUUACCCCCAUGCACGCACGCACCACGUCUUUUUCCAAGGGCACAAGCACUGUUCAUGAUACAAACUGUUCACACUCCUCUUGUUGGUGGAGAGAAUUAUGCAGGGUUGAAGCUUAUUUCUGGCAAUUCUACACAUUUUGUCAUGGGUUGCAAAGAACAUUUUGCAGUUUUAAAGCUAAUUUUCUUGCAAUUCCAUACAUUUUGCCAUGUAUAAUGUGUAUUCAUGUGAUAUUUGAGUGACUAAAAAAUUACAACAAUAUCUAUGGGCUAAAAAACCUAAAUAAAAAAACGUUAGCUGACAUGGGCUAGUUGAUCUGGACAUUUCUGACAAGUAAUAAAUAAAUAGCUCUCUAAGGUUUGCAAUGACUGACAUGACAAGAGGAACUGAUGAUGCACUACCCAAUUUCGAAAUUGCACCUUGUGCAUUCUACUAUUACAACUUUCAAGAGUAAUUUUAAAGCCGGACUGAAUUCCUUUGAACCACUGCUUUAGACUAGGUUAGGUUUAGACUAGCCUAAUGUUAAGGCCAAGCGGCAUUGCGAUACAUGCCUUUUUCUUAACACCUAAUGGAAAGAACACUGGCCAGUAUGACACCAUCACCAUCGUAGUUUACCAUUGCCCUUGUGUUUUCCAAAUGUAGUGUGAGUAAUACGACAUGUUGAUUUUUAGAUGUGUCAGUUUACCAUCUGAGAGGCCCGUCAGCAACAUCCAAGGGCCAGUGCUAGUCAAUGGACUAGAGGUUGACAAACACUGGUAUAGAUGACUCCAAUAUCUCUAAUACCCCAUGUGGUGUAUUCCCCCUCCCCUCCCUGUGUGUUUGGGUGAGGAGGAGCUCCCUCCCUGCUGUCCCCUGUGUUAUCUUCUCCUAUGGAAUGUGCACAACAGCAUGGCUAAAAUAAGACACCAACUCGACUGAAGAGAGGGCUGGUAUUAGCCAGCUAAAUGUCAGAUAUUGGAGAUAGCUGGACUGGGCAGACAUGUUUUUAUGUGACAUGACGAAUGCCCAUACAGAUUUAUCCUCUUCAAUCAAGUUGACCUUUCUUUAGUUUAGAUGGUAUAUCGGUUUACUAUUUACUUUUGAUGAGUUGAAUGUUACUGGCAUUUUAGUAUUCAGUCCCUUUUAUUUUACCGUUGUAUUUGCAUCUAUGUAGACGGAGAAGCCAGUGUGCACUAUGAUUCACCCUUAAGUCUCUAAGCAGCCAUUUAAUUAUAACUGUUUGUUUAUGUUUCUGCAAUGUUAUGGAACCGUGGAAGUGGUUUGUUUGUCAGAUCAAAGAUUUACUCUAACAUUUACUCUAUAUCCACCAAUUUUUCACAUUUGUGUUAUUUUCAUCAGAAAUAAAUGCUUUAUGUAUGUGUAAAAUAUCACUGUCUUCAGAUGUUACAUUAAUAUAUUUUAGAUGUGUAUUGCAAUUGGUUUUGUUGCAAAACUCUAUCCAUUGUUUAGCUGGAAUGGAAUGUUCGUAUCCUGUAUAUUUAACAUAUAAAUCUAACAUAUCACAAAUCUAGCCUCAUGCUAUAGUGUUUGGUUAGAGUUAGGCCUCGUCCCAAAUUGCACCCUAUUCCCUAUAUAGUGCACAACUUUUGACCAGAGCCCAGAUCUCAUAUGAUUGUACUGAUGAAUUUUUUUAUAUAUAUUUUUUAAAUAUUUAUAUAAUAUUUUUAAUUAUUUGUCACAUUUGUGUUUAACCUUUCAGGGAUGAUACUUUUUUCUCUGAGAAUGAGGUGUUUUGUAACAAAAUGUGAUUGUUUGUCUCUCUGAAAUGAAACCAUCUAGUGAUAGAUUAAACCAAGGACUGUAUAUAUGAAUGGACAAAGCCAUUGAUCACAUGACGCCAUUCAUUCCUAUGUGAAGACUCAACAGCGCAUUGAAGCCAAAUUAAGUAGUUUAAGAUGGGGUCUCAUGGAGACAAAACAUGCACAGUUUGAGCUUCUCCUUGAAGUGACGUUGCAAGCUAUCAGUGGUGCUGCCUGUCAUUGAAUAACUCGAGUUGAAGGCCGACCGGGGUACUACAGGAUGCCAUUAGCAACUAAAUUAUCCUUAAAGCUUCUUCUGUGUGCGAUUUUUAAAAUAAUCGCUUCAAGGACAUACAUAUGGUACAUUACUAGCAGUUAUUGGUACCAUGAUUGUUUUCAAAUUUUUUUUUAUUUAUACUAAGAUUGACCCAUUCACUCUAAUGGGGGAUCCUGUUUUCUGCUAACAAUGCCUGCAAUACCGCAGUUGGCCUUGAACCUCUGUGGCUUCAAUGAGAGGGGGCAGUCGUUCUCCCCUGGGUUAAACAAAUACGUCUGUCAUUUAUUUGAAGAUGUUCUCUGAUACUGUGUGGUUCUCCAACCCGUUCCUGACAACCUACAUACAGUACAUCCAAAUGAGUCUACUGUACUGUCAUAAGACUCACAAGCUUAACCUGCCUAAAUGACUACCGACCCGUAGCACUGACGUCUGUAGCCAUGAAGUGCUUUGAAAGGCUGGUCAUGGCUCACAUCAACAGCAUUAUCCCAGAAACCCUAGACCCACUCCAAUUUGCAUACCGCCCCAACAGAUCCACAGAUGAUGCAAUCUCUAUUGCACUCCACACUGCCCUUUCCCACCUGGACAAGAGGAACACCUACGUGAGAAUGCUAUUCAUUGACUACAGCUCAGCAUUCAACACCAUAGUGCCCUCUAAGCUCAUCACUAAGCUAAGGAUCCUGGGACUAAACACCUCCCUCUGCAACUGGAUCCUGGACUUCCUGACGGGCCGCCCCCAGGUGGUAAGGGUAGGUAACAACACAUCUGCCACACUGAUCCUCAACACGGGGGCCCCUCAGGGGUGCGUGCUCAGUCCCCUCCUGUACUCUCUGUUCACCCAUGACUGCAUGGCCAGGCACGACUCCAACACCAUCAUUAAGUUUGCCGACGACACAACAGUGGUAGGCCUGAUCACCGACAACGAUGAGACAGCCUAUAGGGAGGAGGUCAGAGACCUGGCCGUGUGGUGCCAGGACAACAACCUCUCCCUCAACGUGACCAAGACAAAGGAGAUGAUUGUGGACUACAGGAAAAAAAAGAGGACUGAGCACGCCCCCAUUCUCAUCGACGGGGCUGUAGUGGAACAGGUUGAGAGCUUCAAGUUCCUUGGUGUCCACAUCACCAACGAACUAUCAUGGUCCAAACACACCAAGACAGUCGUGAAGAGGGCACGACAAAGCCUAUUCCCCCUCAGGAGACUGAAAAGAUUUGGCAUGGGUCCUCAGAUCCUCAAAAAAUUCUACAGCUGCACCAUCGAGAGCAUCCUGACUGGUUGCAUCACCGCCUGGUAUGGCAACUGCUUGGCCUCCGACCGCAAGGCACUACAGAGGGUAGUGCGUACGGCCCAGUACAUCACUGGGGCCAAGCUUCCUGCCAUCCAGGACCUCUAUACCAGGCGGUGUCAGAGGAAGGCCCUCAAAAUUGUCAAAGACUCCAGCCACCCUAGUCAUAGACUGUUCUCCCUGCUACCGCACGGCAAGCGGUACCGGAGUGCCAAGUCUAGGUCCAAAAGACUUCUCAACAGCUUCUACCCCCAAGCCAUAAGACUCCUGAACAGCUAAUCAUGGCUACCCGGACUAUUUGCACUGCCCCCCCACCCCAUCCUUUUUACGCUGCUGCUACUCUGUUAAUUAUUUAUGCAUAGUCACUUUAACUCUACCCACAUGUACAUAUUACUUCAACUAUCUCAACUAGCCGGUGCCCCCGCACAUUGACUCUGCACCGGUACCCCCCUGUAUAUAUAGCCUCCCUACUGUUAUUUUAUUUUUUAUUUUUUCUCAACACUUUUUUUUUGUUGUUUUUUUUUUACUUUUUUUUUGUUAAAAAUAAAUGCACUGUUGGUUAAGGGCUGUAAGUAAGCAUUUCACUGUAAUGUCUGCACCUGUUGUAUUCGGCGCAUGUGACCAAUAAAAUUUGAUUUGAUUUGAAGCUUUGCUUACACUGCACUGUGAAUAUGAUCCACUGAAAUCAGUUGAUUGCUGUUUCCAGGCCCUGGCAGCACUUAACCAUGCACCGCUGAUGAUACAUGAGGAUACUUAAUGAUAUUGAAAUCAAUAUUCUUCUGAAAAGCUACAGUCCCUUGCAAAAGUAUUCAUCCCCUUAGCGUUUUUCCUAUUUUGUUGCAUUACAACCUGUAAUUUAAAUUGAUUUUUAUUUUUAUUUCAUGUAAUGGACACACACAAAAUAGUCCAAAUUGGUGAAGUGAAAUGAAAAAAGUAACUUGUUUCAAAAUAUUCUACAAAAUAAAUAACGGAAAAGUGGUGCGUGCAUAUGUAUACACCCCCUUUGCUAUGAAGCCCCUAAAAUAAGAUCUGGUGCAACCAAUUACCUUCAGAAGUCACAUAAUUAGUUAGAUUGCACAUAGGUGGACUUUAUUUAAGUGUCACAUGAUCUCAGUAUAUAUACACCUGUUCUGAAAGGCCCCAGAGUCUGCAACACCACUAAGCAAGGGGAACCACCAAGCAAGCAGCACCAUGAAGACCAAGGAGCUCUCCAAACAGGUCAGAGACAAAGUUGUGGAGAAGUACAGAUCAGGGUUGGGUUAUAAAAAAAUAUCCGAAACGUUGAACAUCCCACGGAGCACCAUUAAAUCCAUUAUUACAAAUAUGGAAAGAAUAUGGCACCACAACAAACCUGCCAAGAGAGGGCUGCCCACCAAAACUCACGGAACAGGCAAGGAAGGCAUUAAUCAGAGAGGCAACAAAGAGACCAAAGAUAACCCUGAAGGAGCUGCAAAGCUCCACAGUGGAGAUUGGAGUAUCUGUCCAUAGGACCACUUUAAGCCGUACACUCCACAGAGCUGGGCUUUACGGAAGAGUGGCCAGAAAAAAGCCAUUGCUUACAAAAAAAUAAGCAAAUAAGUUCACCAAAAGACAUGUGGGAGACUCCCCAAACAUAUGGAAGAAGGUACUCUGGUCAGAUAAGACUAAAAUUGAGCUUUCUGGCCAUCAAGGAAAACGCUAUGUCUGGCGCAAACCCAACACCUCUCAUCACCCCGAGAACACCAUCCCCACAGUGAAGCAUGGUGGUGGCAGCAUCAUGCUGUGGGGAUGUUUUUCAUUGGCAGGGACUGGGAAACUGGUCAGCAUUGAAUUAAUGAUGGAUGGCGCUAAAUACAGGGAAAUUCUUGAGGGAAACCUGUUUCAGUCUUCCAGAGAUUUGAGACUGGGACGGAGGUUCACCUUCCAGCAGGACAAUGACCCUAAGCAUACUGCUAAAGCAACACUUGAGUGGUUUAAGGGGAAACAUUUAAAUGUCUUGGAAUGGCCUAGUCAAAGCCCAGACCUCAAUCCAAUUGAGAAUCUGUGGUAUGUCUUAAAGAUUGCUGUACACCAGCGGAACCCAUCCAACUUGAAGGAGCUGGAGCAGUUUUGCCUUGAAAUGGGCAAAAAUCCCAGUGGCUAGAUGCGCCAAGCUUAUAGAGACAUACCCCAAGAAACUUGCAGCUGUAAUUGCUGCAAAAGGUGGCUCUACAAAGUAUUGACUUUGGGGGGGGGGUGAAUAGUUAUGCACGCUCAAGUUUUCAGUUUUUUUGUCUUAUUUCUUGUUUGUUUCACCCCAAAAAAUAUUUCGCAUCUUCAUGUUGUGUAAAUCAAAUGAUACAAACCCCCCAAAAAUCUAUUUUCAUUACAGGUUGUAAGGCAACAAAAUAGGAAAAAUGCCAAGGGGGGUGAAUACUUUCGCAAGCCACUGUAAUGUAUUGGGGACCCACUCCAUUAUAACAGUAUCAUGUGACAAGCACAUACUCUAUUGCAAUGGUAUAUCCCAAUUAGAAAGGCCACAAUUGAGUUGAGAUCACCUGUGAACAUAGCAACUGCACUACAGGAGAUUUCUAGGGAAACUCUGUGUAUACAUGACAGGCCUGUGUGGAUCUUUGCUAACUGUUAAUCCUUUCUCUGAUCAUUGUCUUUCCUCCACAGUCUCCGGCCUCUCGUCUUCCCCCACCCCACCCAGCACCCCCACCCAGGCCCCCAGCCUGCACAUGCUGUUCCCCCAGGAGGUCCACCAGAGUGCCCCAGAGCGCCUGGACCACUCCCUCUCAUCACCCCCACCAGACACCGGACAGGGCCUCAGCCUACCGUCCUCUGCCAAGCCCCCCAUGCCCUCCUCCUCUCCGAUACUCUACACUUUCCCACUGCCCCAAGCUACCUCACAGCCAGUGAGUGAUACCUCAUACUACCUACUACAACAACCGCUGGGUUACUGUGUUUGUUAGUGGCAGUGAUAACUGAUUGUGCAUUGAAGCAAUAUUGCAGGGUUGCCAAAGAAAAGUGGUGUAAGGGGGAAGCUGAUGUGAUUUUCUGUGUCUCCUAGACCUAUACAGAGGUAAAAUGUGAAGGACGGGAAUUAAGUGAUUGUUUCAGCAAAGACUGUUGUGUUUGUUCAGCUCCAACGUUCAGCUCAGCAGAGUUCAAUAUUAGUCUGACCAUGAUGUUCACAAUCAGUGUUUGUACUGAUAUGUCUAAUGUUCCCCUCUCCUAUUGGGACAGAGACAUUGAUUUGAUUGAUUUGAUGUGGUAUCUUGUUAAAACUAAUAAUUCAAGUAACUGUGUGUGCCUGUCUAUUUGAGCUAUAGCACUCUCUAUCUACCCUGACAGUGCAAGUCAAUAUUUCAUCACCAUCCUUGGUUUUGUUGUUGCUUCUUACACCCAAAGCAUCAUGAUAAUAGUACACUGAGCCAUAAGUCUCUCGCUCGCGCUCUCGCUCUCGCUCUCUCUCUCUCUCUCUCUCUAGUUCUCUCGAUCUACACACACCAGGCUCUUACCCCAAUCCAAGGAAUGGCUCUGCCAAAUCCAGCCUGGAAGCGUGUUAAUGAAACAGCCCUCCAUCUCAGAUUUACAGCCCUAUGUUUACGUACAGCACGUUCCCUUCCCUGUGGCAGUGCAGCAGAGUGGGAUGGGAUUCAUGCCCAUGCUGAUGCAGGGUUAUACAGGCUAGAUUUAUGACAGUGCAGUAGUGGUUUUGGCUGGAGAAUUGCUGCCUCAACAUGAGGUAUAGGGUGACUGGGGGGUUGGUUAGGCAUCCCAGGGGUGAGCUAUCAGGGCUUUUUCUUCUACUGCAGUGGGUUGUUGUCAAUGCACUGGAAGGGUCUAAUCAAGGGGCUAGGGGAGACAACUAAUAAAAAAAGAUGGUUUUGAAUCCUCAUAUGCUACAAAGAGCACAAUAUGACUCGGCUCAUAGAACGUGCCAUGAUGAUGAAGUGCUUUGUAGCAUAGGGAAGGAGUGAAAUUAACUGCACACAGACUUAUUUUGUUAUUGGAUCAUUUUGAUGCAGUACACAGCCUCUGCACAAUGUCUUAGUGUUUGUGCAGUAGCCUACUUAAUUCCAUUCAUCCCUUGCCAUUAUUACUGUAAAUAAUUAUCAAUGUAAAUAAUUUUGCAUUGUCAAUGUAAAUAAUUCUGCAUUGUGCAAAUUGUUGCAUUUUUAUGUCCUGCAAAACAGUUAUGGGCAUAGAAAAGGACAGGGAAUCCGUGGCUUCUCGCUGCUAGGCAACAUGAGGGAUUUCCUAAUAUGGUGAAGAGCCUUGGUUGUUCUGCAUGGGGGGGGGGGGGGGUCUAGAGCGUGAUCAUAAUAAUAAAUGAAACCUGAACGAUUUCCCCUGUCGUUCACAAUACGCGUAGAAAAAUAUCUGCUUGGGACAGAUGCACUGCGUUUUAAAUUAAAGUAUUCUUCUUUUGUUUAUUUAUCCGGACGUGUUGCUCACUCAUCUGUUUUAGUCAGUAGUAUGAUCCUACUGUAGGCAACGGCUUUAUUGACUGCAGCAAAAUAGAUUUAGGAAUGUUCCACUACUACAGUUAAGGGGCGUGUAGUCUAAUAAUAAUGUGCCAUUAAAGUUACUGACAGGCAGAGCUCCCGAUAUGAAUUGCCCACAUUGUCUACAGUAGAAACUUGGACAAGGGCACUUGAAUGAGUUGCGUGCAGUGCGUAUUGUGCUUUUCUUUUCGUUGGCUUUGCGCAAGGACAUUUAGUCUGUCAGUCUGUCAAGAUGUAUGAUUUUGUCAUGGUGGAAAAUGCCAGCAGUUAUUGAAUCUACCUUGUUAUUUUCGUCCACACUUUGGCAAAAGGCGAGCUGUUGUGCGCCUGCAGCGCGCGACUGGUCUGAUAUUGGUGUGCUAGAUUUGGAGCGCGUUCUUGACUGCCUCUGCCUCUUAUUCUUGCAGAAUUUCUACGGUUUAUUCGAAGGCAUGCUGGAGAAACUUGAACUUAACGAUGAUGGUGUUGGUAAGUAAGUGCAUUUUACUGCAUUAUUAGCCUACAUUUGGAUGUUACUUGAUGGUGCUGCCUAUAGCCUUUCAUUUGACGUUUUUGCAAUUUUAUUUGUAUAUAGUUCAAGACCAGGCUCAAUGGUAUGGAUUGGUCCUUUGUAAAGUGCUGGUGUGAAUUGUAAUGUGAAUAUUAGUUACAUUGACUGAGCCACAUGGGACCAGUUCCAUGCUAUUGAACACCUGUCGCACAAAAUAAUUAAUAUUUAAGUCCUAUUAUGCAGGAUUUGUUUUGAUCAUAAGCUAAUUAUUGCCUGAUGAUAGCGCUAUAGCAGCGGGAAGUAGGGGUGCUGCAGAAAAAUCUGAAUUAUAUUUUUGUAAAUAUUCCAUGUACUGUAUACACAGUGUGCAUAUUUUUCUAUCCAUCUGUCCAGCUGCUGAACCAGAGAGUGAUAUUUACAUGCGCUUUAUGAAGUCCCACUGCUGCUACGACAUCGUUCCCACCAGCUCCAAGCUGGUCGUGUUCGACACUGGCCUACAGGUAAGCCCUGUUCCUCUACUUGACUACACACUUUGACAUCAUGUAGCCUCUGAGACACAUAGAGCAUCUCAGAGUAAGAGUUUCUUAGAGUAGGAGUGCUGAUCUAGGAUCAGUUGAGCCUUUUCAAUCAUAAUGAAUAACUCCUACAGUACUCUGAGACACUUUGUAAAUUCGCUCCCAGACAGACACACGGGUGUGAGUUCACAAAACGAUGUAUACAUAACUUUGAGAAGCACUAAUUAACUUUGACCUAAGUUUGACAUUAUAUGUUUAUCUAACAGGGUGUGUCCACUGAGGAACAUUCUUAUGGGUAUUGAAGUGCAUCCUUGGUCUAAAGGCACUGAAAAUUGCAUGGUUAAUGUUCCAUGAGGAGAACAGUGCUAUUGCCUCAUAAAAGGUUAAACAGUAAUCAUAAGGAAGUAUAGAAACACUGAUGUUUAGGAGCUCAGCCACCGAAUCCAUAAAACUCAUGGUUUAGAUGAAACCCAUAAAACCAGAAAGCUUUAUUGUAUUAUUUUGGAUUUACACUAAACAUUUUACAAGAUGUGCAAUACCAUCAAUACCUUGCCAUAUGUUUUUUUGUUCUCGGAUUAUAAUCCUUUUUCACAGGUAAAGAAGGCGUUCUUUGCCUUAGUGGCCAACGGGGUGCGUGCUGCCCCACUAUGGGAUUCAGAGAGGCAGUGUUUUGUGGGUAAGACACACCCUUUGUGUAGUAUGACAUACAUUCACAUGAAAUGUAAAACACGUAUAUCCACCAAUGAAUGCAUUCUUAAACUAUUCAACAUUUUGUUGUACAUACACUACCGUUCAAAAGUUUGGGGUCACAUAGAAAUGUCAUUGUUUUCGAAAGAAAAGCAACUUUUUUGUCCAUUUAAAAUAACAUCAAAUUGAUCAGAAAAACAGUGUAGACAUUGUUAAUGUUGUAAAUGGCUAUUGUAGCUGGAAACGGCUGAUCUUUUUAUGGAAUAUCUACAUAGGCGUACAGAGGCCCGUUAUCAGCAACCAUCAGUCCUGUGUUCCAAUUGCACGUUGUGUUUGCUAAUCCAAGUUUAUCAUUUUAAAAGGAAAAGGCUAAUUGAUCAUUAGAAAACCAUUUUGCAAUUAUGUUAGCACAGCUGAAAACUGUUGUGCUGAUUAAAGAAGCAAUAAAACUGGCCUUCUUGAGACUAGUUGAGUAUCUGGAGCAUCACCAAUUGUGGGUUCGAUUACAGGCUCAAAAUGGCCAGAAACAAAUAACUUUCUUCUGAAACUCGUCAGUCUAUUCUUGUUCUGAGAAAUGAAGGCGAUUCCAUGCGAGAAAUUACCAAGAAACUGAAGAUCUCGUACAACACUGUGUACUGAGAUGGCGCCGGAGAAGAUGGCUGCCGUUUUACAGCCCUCUAACCAAUUGUACUAUCGUGUGUUUUUUCGCGUUAUUUGUAAUUUAUUCUGUAAAUAAUGUUUCUGCCAUAGACUCUUAUAACCAAAAAGAGCUUCUAGAUAUAAGCACAGCGAUUACUCACCUCGUAUUGGACGAAGAUUUUUUCUUCAGCGAGUCGGACGCGAAGGAUAUCCUACAGACACCCGACAAGGCCCAAAUCCCCGUCAUUCGCUGGAGAAAGAGACAGAGAUAUCGUGGACGUAGGUCGGGGUGCCUUGUAAGGAUCCGACGGCGAGCAAUUAAAUCAAACCUAUUAGCCAAUGUUCAAUCAUUUGAAAAUAAAUUAGAUGACCUAAGAUUACGGUUAUCCUACCAACUGGACAUUAAAAACUGUAAUAUCUUAUGUUUCACCGAGUCGUGGCUGAACGACGACAUGGACAACAUACAGCUGAUGGGAUAUACGCUACAUUGGCAGGAUAGAACGGCUGACUCCGGUAAGACAAGGGGUGGCGGUCUGUGUAUAUUUGUAAACAACAGCUGGUGCACAAAAUCAAAUACUAAGGAAGUCUCUAGGUUUUGCUCGCCUGAGGUAGAGUAUCAUAUGAUAAGCUGUAGACCACACUAUUUACCAAGAGAGUUUUCAUCUAUAUUUUUCAUAGCUGCCUAUUUACCACCACAAACCAAUGCUGGCAUUAAGAUUGCACUCAAUUAGCUGUAUAAGGCCAUAAGUAAACAGGGGCAGCGCUCCUAGUGGCCGGGGACUUUAAUGCAGGGAAACUUAAAUCCGUUCUACCUAAUUUCUACCAGCAUGUUAAAUGUGCAACCACAGGAAAAAAAAACUCUAGACCACCUUUACUCCACACACAGAGACGCAUACAAAGCUCUCCCUCGCCCUCCAUUUGGUAAAUCUGACCAUAACUCUAUCUUCCUGAUUCCUGCUUAUAAGCAAAAACUAAAGCAGGAAGCACCAGUGACUCGGUUAAUAAAAAAGUGGUCAGAUGACGCAGAUGCUAAGCUACAGGACUGUUUUGCUAGCACAGACUGGAACAUGUUCCGAGAUUCUUCAGAUAGCAUUGAGGAGUACACCACAUCAGUCACUGGCUUCAUCAAUAAGUGCAUCGAUGACGUCGUCCCCACAGUGACCGUACGUACAUACCCCAACCAGAAGCCAUGGAUUACAGGCAACAUUCGCACUGAGCUAAAGGGUAGAGCUGCCGCUUUCAAGGAGCGGGACUCUAACCCGGACGCUUAUAAGAAAUCCCGCUAUGCCCUCCAACGAACCAUCAAACAGGCAAAGUGUCAAUACAGGACUAAGAUUUAAUCGUACUACACCGUCUCUGACGCUCGUCGGAUGUGGCAGGGCUUGAAAACUAUUACAGACUACAAAGGGAAGCACAGCCGCGAGCUGCCCAGUGACACAAGCCUAACAGACGAGCUAAACCACUUCUAUGCUCGCUUCGAGGCAAGCAACACUGAAGCAUGCAUGAGAGCACCAGCUGUUCCGGAUGACUAUGUGAUCACGCUCUCCGUAGCCGAUGUGAGUAAGACUUUUAAGCAGGUCAACAUUCACAAGGCCGCAGGGCCAGACGGAUUACCAGGACGUGUACUCCGAGCAUGUGCUGACCAACUGGCAAGUGUCUUCACUGACAUUUUCAACAUGUCCCUGACUGAGUCUGUAAUACCAACAUGUUUCAAGCAGACCACCGUCCCCGUGCCCAAGGACACUAAGAUAACCUGCCUAAAUGAUUACCGACCCGUAGCACUGACGUCUGUAGCCAUGAAGUGCUUUGAAAGGCUGGUCAUGGCUCACAUCAACAUUUUAUACCAGAAACCCUAGACCCACUCCAAUUUGCAUACCGCCCCAACAGAUCCACAGAUGAUGCAAUCGCUAUUGCACUCCACACUGCCCUUUCCCACCUGGACAAGUGGAACACCUACGUGAGAAUGCUAUUCAUUGACUACAGCUCAGCGUUCAACACCAUAGUGCCCUCAAAGCUCAUCACUAAGCUAAGGAUCCUGGGACUAAACACCUCCCUCUGCAACUGGAUCCUGGACUUCCUGACGGGCCGCCCCCAGGUGGUAAGGGUAGAUAACAACACAUCUGCCACGCUGAUCCUCAACACGGGGGCCCCUCAGGGGUGCGUGCUCAGUCCCCUCCUGUACUCCCUGUUCACCCAUGACUGCAUGGCCAGGCACGACUCCAACACCAUCAUUAAGUUUGCCGACGACACAACAGUGUUAGGCCUGAUCACCGACAACGAUGAGACAGCCUAUAGGGAGGAGGUCAGAGACCUGGCCAUGUGGUGCCAGGAUAACAACCUCUCCCUCAACGUGACCAAGACAAAGGAGAUGAUUGUGGACUACAGGGAAAAAAAGAGGACUGAGCACGCCCCCAUUCUCAUCGACGGGGCUGUAGUGGAACAGGUUGAGAGCUUCAAGUUCCUUGUUGUCCACAUCACCAACGAACUAUCAUGGUCCAAACACACCCAAGACCGUUGUGAAGAGGGCACGACAAAGCCUAUUCCCCCUCAGGAGACUGAAAAUAUUUGGCAUGGGUCCUCAGAUCCUCAAAAAGUUCUACAGCUGCACCAUCGAGAGCAUCCUGACUGGUUGCAUCACCACCUGGUAUGGCAACUGCUCGGCCUCCGACCGCAAGGCACUACAGAGGGUAGUGCGUACGGCCCAGUACAUCACUGGGGCCAAGCUUCCUGCCAUCCAGGACGUCUAUACCAGGCAGUGUCAGAGGAAGGCCCUCAAAAUUGUCAGACUCCAGCCACCCUAGUCAUAGACUGUUCUCUCUGCUACCGCACGGCAAGCGGUACCAGAGCGCCAAGUCUAGGUCCAAAAGGCUUCUCAACAGCUUCUACCCCCAAGCCAUAAGACUCCUAAACAGUUAAUCAUGGCUACCCGGACUAUUUGCACUGCCCCCCCCACCCCCACCCCAUCUUUUUACGCUGCUGCUACUCUGUCACUUUAACUCUACCCACAUGUACAUAUUAUCUCAACUACCUCAACUAGCCGGUGCCCCCGCACAUUGACUCUGUACCGGUACCCCCCUGUAUAUAGCCUCCCUACUGUUAUUUUAUUUUACUUCUGCUCUUUUUUUCCCAACACUUUUUUGUUGUCGUUUUAUUUUACUUUUUUAUUAAAAAAAAUCAUAAUAAUGCAUUGUUGGUUAAGGGCUGUAAGUAAGCAUUUCACGUUAAUGUCUACACCUAUUGUAUUUGGUGCAUGUGUCAAAUAAAAUGUGAUUUGAUUUGACUAAUCCCUUCACAGAACAGCGCAAACUGGCUGACGAGUUUCAGAAGAAAGUUAUUUGUUUCUGGCCAUUUUGAGCCUGUAAUCGAACCCACAAUUGCUGAUGCUCCAGAUACUCAACUAGUCUCAAGAAGGCCAGUUUUAUUGCUUAUUUAAUCAGCACAACAGUUUUCAGCUGUGCUAGCAUAAUUGCAAAAGGGUUUUCUAAUGUUUUCAAUUAGCCUUUUAAAAUGAUAAACCUGGAUUAGCAAACACAACGUGCCAUUGGAACACAGGACUGAUAGUUGCUGAUAAUGGGCCUCUGUACACCUAUGUAGAUAUUCCAUUAAAAAUCAGCCAUUUCCAGCUACAAUAGCCAUUUACAGCAUUAACAAUGUCUACACUGUAUUUCUGAUCAAUUUGAUGUUAUUUUAAUGGACAAAAAAAUUGCUUUUCUUUCGAAAACAAGGAAAUUUCUAAGUGACCCCAAACUUUUGAACGGUAGUGUACGUACAUGCUGGUAGAUUUGUUGAAAUGAAUGGUACUAGCCAUGGCCAGUGGAGCAUGGUUUGUUGGCGAGAAGACAGUUAGCAACCUAAUGCUUUAUGACGGCUCUAUGACAAUUGUUAGUCAUUCUAUUAUCUAUAGGCUUACAUUUCUUCUCAUUUCAGGAAUGUUGACAAUCACAGACUUCAUCAUCAUACUACACAGAUACUACAAGUCACCGUUGGUAAGUUUGAGUGGAUGAACUAAUUAGCUAAAUAUUUGUUCACCAUCAAAAUCCUAUGUUGGAUUUCUGUAGUUUAUUCUUUAGAUAUCAAUAUAGUUUUAUUGUUUAUAGGUGCAAAUAUAUGAGUUGGAAGAUCAUAAGCUUGAGACAUGGAGAGGUAUGUAAAAAGCUUUUGUUUAAAUGAUGACAAUAAAUUACAUGUACAGAACAUUUAACUCACAAUAUUUUCUCUCUCCACAGAAGUAUAUUUGCAAGAGACAUUCAAGCCUUUAGUGAACAUAUCACCUGAAUCAAGGUACGUUCUCAUAACAAUGGUUAUUAUACAGUUAUGAAUGUGUGUAAGAGCGUGUGUAUCUGUCUUGAAUAUACAGUUGAUGUCGGAAGUUUACAUACACUUAGGUUGGAGUCAUUAAAACUAGUUUUUCAACAACUCCGCAAAUGUAUUGUUAACAAACUAUAGUUUUGGCAAGUCGGUUAGGAAAUCUACUUUGUGCAUGACACAAGUCAUUUUUCCAACAAUUGUUUACAGACAGAUUAUUUCACUUAUAAUUCACUGUAUCUCAAUUCCAGUGGGUCAGAAGUUUACAUACACUAAGUUGAAUGUGCCUUUAAACAGCUUGGAAAGUUCCAGAAAAUGAUUUUAUGGCUUUAGAAGCUUCUGAUAGGCUAAUUGACAUAAUUUGAGUCAAUUGGAGGUGUACCUGAGGAUGUGUUUCAAGGCCUACCUUCAAACUCAGUGCCUCGUUGCUUAACAUCAUUGGAAAAUCAAAAGAAAUCAGCCAAGACCUCAGAAAAGAAAUUGUAGACCUUCACAAGUCUGGUUCAUCCUUGGGAGCAAUUUCCAAACGCCUGAAGGUACCACGUUCAUCUGUACAAAUAAUAGUACGCAAGUAUAAAACCAUGGGACCACGCAGCCGUCAUACCACACAGGAAGGAGACGCAUUCUGUCUCCUAGAGAUGAACGUACUUCAGUGCGAAAAGUGCAAAUAAAUCCCAGAACAGCAGCAAAGGACCUUGUGAAGAUGCUGGAGGAAACAGGUACAAAAGUAUCUAUAUCCACAGUUAAAACGAGUCCUAUAUCGACAUAACCUGAAAGGCCGCUCAGCAAGGAAGAAGCCACUGCUCCAAAGCCGCCAUAAAAAAACCAGACUACAGUUUGUAACUGCACAUGGGGACAAAGAUCGUACUUUUUGGAGAAAUGUCCUCUGGUCUGAUGAAACAAAAAUAGAUCUGUUCGGCCAUAAUGACCAUCGUUAUGUUUGGAGGAAAAAGGGUGGGCUUGCAAGCCGAAGAACACCAUCCCAACCGUGAAGCACGGGGGUGGCAGCAUCAUGCUGUGGGGGUGCUUUGCUGCAGGAGGGACUGGUGCACUUCACAAAAUAGAUGGCAUCAUGUGGAAGGAAAAUUAUGUGGAUAUAUUGAAGCAACAUCUCAAGACAUCAGUCAGGAAGUUAAAGCUUGGUCGCAAAUGGGUCUUCCAAAUGGACAAUUACCCCAAGCAUACUUCCAAAGUUGUGGCAAAAUGGCUUAAGGACAACAAAGUCAAGGUAUUGGAGUGGCCAUCACAAAGCCCUGACCUCAAUCCUAUAGAAAAUGUGUGGGCAGAACUGAAAAAGCGUGUGCGAGCAAGGAGGCCUACAAACCUGACUCAGUUACACCAGCUCUGUCAGGAGGAAUGGGCCAAAAUUCACCCAACCUAUUGUGGGAAGCUUGUGGAAGGCUACCCAAAACGUUUGACCCAAGUUAAACAAUUUAAAGGCAAUGCUACCAAAUACUAAUUGAGUGUAUGUAAACUUCUGACCCACUGGGAAUGUGAUGAAAGAAAUAAAAGCUGAAAAAAAUCAUUCUCUCUACAAUUAUUCUGACAUUUCACAUUCUUAAAAUAAAGUGGUGAUCCUAACUGUCCUAAGACAGGGAAUUUUUACUAGGAUUAAAUGUCAGGAAUUGUGAAAAACUGAGUUUAAAUGUAUUUGGCUAAGGUGUAUGUAAACUUCUGACUUCAACUGUACAUAGAUGCAAAGAAAAUAACAUACUUUUAUUUUCAUUUGUGCUUUACGUCUGUCUUUGCAGCAUAUUUGAUGCAGUGUAUUCCCUCAUCAAAAACAAGAUCCACCGGCUGCCUGUCAUCGACCCUGUGACGGGGAACCCACUUUACAUCCUCACACACAAGAGGAUCCUCAAGUUCCUACAGCUCUUUGUAAGUCUAAAACCAUGUGCUCUAUUUUCGGCUGGUGUUAAUGCAGCGCUAGUGUCAAACGCACGUUAGUUUGUAAUUUGGUCAUGUAAAAACUGGUGCGCUGGCAUUUUCCAGCCCUAAUGCCAGGUACGGCAAUUUAACUGUCUAACAUCAGCACGCUUGCGCUCAGAUGGGAGGGGUGGAAAUAUUUGAGGCGUGUCCUUAAAAACAUGAUCCAAAGUGCUAAUUUCAGGCAGCGCUAGUAGGGAUAUUUAAGACCAACCAAAAGCUGGUUUUAGCGGUAACGCAGUUGGUUAUGGUAUGAAUUUUGACAGCGGAAACGCAGCCUAUCCAGCCGUGACGCACACUGCCCAUAUGUGCAUGGAACAAGAUGUGAUUUGGUGCCUGUAUACUUCGUAUUUUGAAACAUAAAACACUUUUUCAUUUCGUUUUUCAUUAGAAACCAAGCAUAGCCUCCCCGCCUCUCAAUGAAGUCUGUUUUAUUUUUGUCCUGCCCAAUGUAAUCAAGUAUGCUCGUCAAGAUCGUCGAUAGUGUUUGGGUCGUCAUGAGACCGCUUGGAAAUUUAUCUUAAUCACCAAAGCUUUGAGAGGAGCAAAACAGUGAGCUGACAUUCCCUUUUUAUCUAAGUAUUGUAGGCAGGCCUACAUUACUUUAGCCAUGCUUUGGACCUGCGUAAAACCCCUCCGUGAUGUUGGCUACAUGUAUCCAUGCCCAUCAUGAAACAAGUAUUUACAAGAAAUGUUCCUGUAACAAUUGUUUUCCAUUUCAUAUUUUUUAAACCCAAGCCCUCCGUAGGCUACCCUUACCCUAGUCCUACUAUAACGAAGGCUGGUUUUAUUUUUAUUUAUUUUAUUUAAACUUGUUUUAACUAGGCAAGUCAGUUAAGAACAAAUUCUUAUUUACAAUGACAGCCUACCAAAAGGCAAAAGGUCUCCUGCGGGGACAGAGCUGGGAUAAAAAAAAAUAUAUAUAUAGGACAAAACACACAUCACGACAAGAGACACCACAACACUACAUAAAGAGAGACCUAAGACCUGGUUCAACAGCAAUGCAUUGUCUUUUUUUAUGAUGGCGAUUUUAUGAUAUCAUUACAUUUUAUAUAUAUAUUUGUUGUAGAUUUGUUUAUUUUUUAAACCAAACCUGAUUCACUGUCCUGGUUUUAUGGUGAGAACGUUCAUGGCACACAUGCAAUGCAACUUCUGGAGAAGUGUGAAUGCGAUCAGUAGGAUGGUUCCAAUAUGUACACUGAACAAAAUUAUAAACGUACAUGUUAAGUGUUGGUUUCAUGAGCUGAAAUAAAAGAUCCCAGAGAUUUUCCAUACGCACAAAAAGCUUAUUUCUGUCAAAUUUUGCGCACAAAUGUGUUUACAUCCCUGUUAGUGAGCAUUUCUCAUUUGCCAAGAUAAUUCAUCCACCUGACAGGUGUAGCAUAUCAAUAAGCCUAUUAAACAGCAUUAUCAUUACACAGGUGCACCUUAUGCUGGGGACAAUAAAAGGCCACUCUAAAAUGUGCAGAUUUGUCACACAACACAAUGCCACAGAUGUCUCAAGAUUUGAGGUAGCGUGCAUUUGACAUGCUGACUGCAGGAAUGUCCACCAGAGCUGUUGCCUGAUAAUUGAAUGUUAAUUUCUCUACCAUAAGCUACCUCCAACAUUGUUUUAGAGAAUUGCCUGUAGCAUAAGCUACGAGAAAUGAACACAAUUGCAUUUUAUCAAUAUGCAAUUUGAAUGCCCAGAGAUACCGUGACGAUGUCCUGAGGCCCAUUUGUCGUACCAGUCAUCCGCCGCUUUCACCUCAUGUUUCAGCUUGAUAAUGCACGGCCCCAUGUCGCAAGGAUCUGUACACUAUUCCUGGAAGCUGAAAAUGACCCAGUUCUUCCAUAGCCUGCAUACUCACCAGGCAUGUCACCCAUUGAGCAUGUUUGGGAUGCUCUGGAUCGACAUGCACGACAGCGUGUUCCAGUUCCUGCCAAUAUCCAGCAACUUCGCACAGCCAUUGAAGAGGAGUGGGACAACAUUCCACAGGCCACAAUCAACAGCCUGAUCAACUCUAUGCGAAGGAGAUGUGUCAUGCUGCAUGAGACAAAUGUGGUCACGCCAGACACUCUGGUUUUCUGAUCCACGCCCAUACCUUUUUUUUAAGGUACAGUUGAAGUCGGAAGUUUACAUACACUUAGGUUGGAGUAAUUAAAACUUGUUUUUCAACCACUCCACACAUUUCUUGUUAACAAACUAUAGUUUUGGCAAGUCGUUUAGGACAUCUACUUUGUGCAUGACACAAGUAAUUUUUCCAACAAUUGUUUACAGACAGAUUAUUUCACUUAUAAUUCACUGUAUCACAAUUCCAGUGGGUCAGAAGUUUACAUACACUAAGUUGACUGUGCCUUUAAACAGCUUGGAAAAUUCCAGAAAAUGAUGUCAUGGCUUUAGAAGCUUCUGAUAGGCUAAUUGACAUCAUUUGAGUCAAUUGGAGGUGUACCUGUGGAUGUAUUUCAAGGCCUACCUUCAAACUCAGUGCCUCUUUGCUUGACAUCAUGGGAAAAUCAAAAGAAAUCAGCCAAGACCUCAGAAAAUAAAUGUGUACACUUCCACAAGUCUGGUUCAUCCUUGGGAGCAAUUUCCAAACGCCUGAAGGUACCACGUUCAUCGGUACAAACAAUAGUAUGCAAGUAUAAACACCAUGGGACCACGCAGCCGUCAUACCGCUCAGGAAGGAGACGCGUUCUGUCUCCUAGAGAUGAACGUACUUUGGUGUGAAAAGUGCAAAUCAAUCCCAGAACAUGAGCAAAGGACCUUGUGAAGAUGCUGGAGGAAACCGGUACAAAAGUAUCUAUAUCCACAGUAGAACGAGUCCUAUAUCGACAUUACCUGAAAGGCUGCUCAGCAAGGAAGAAGUACUGCUCCAAAACCGCCAUAAAAAAGCCAGACUACGGUUUGCAACUGCACAUGGGGACAAUGAUCGUACUUUUUGGAUCUGGUCUGAUGAAACAAAAAUAGAACUUUGGCCAUAAUGACUAUUGUUAUGUUUGGAGGAUAAAGGGGGUGGGCUUGCAAGCCGAAGAACACCAUCCCAAUCGUGACACACAGGGGUGGCAGCAUCAUGCUGUGGGGGUGCUUUGCUGCAGGAGGGUCUGGUGCACUUCACAAAAUAGAUGGCAUCAUGAGGAAGGAAAAUUAUGUGGAUAUAUUGAAGCAACAUCUCAAGACAUCAGUCAGGAAGUUAAAGCUUGGUUGCAAAUGGGUCUUCCAAAUGGACAAUGACCCCAAGCAUACUUCCAAAGUUGUGGCAAAAUGACUUAAGGACAACAAAGUCAAGGUAUUGGAGUGGCCAUCACAAAGCCCUGACCUCAAUCCUAUAGAAAAUUUGUGGGCAGAACUGAAAAAGCGUGUGCGAGCAAGGAGGCCUACAAACCUGACUCAAUUACACCAGCUUUGUCAGGAGGAAUGGGCCAAAAUUCACCCAACCUAUUGUGGGAAGCUUGUGGAAGGCUACCAAAAAAAUUUUGACCCAAGUUAAACAAUUUAAAGGCAAUGCUACCAAAUACUAAUUGAGUGUAUGUAAACUUCUGACCCACUGGGAAUGUGAUGAAAUAAAUAAAAGCUGAAAGAAAUCAUUCUCUACAAUUAUUCUGACAUUUCACAUUCUUAAAAUAAAGUGGUGAUCCUAACUGACCUAAGACAGGGAAUUUUUACUAGGAUUAAAUGUCAGGAAUUGUGAAAAACUGAGUUUAAAUGUAUUUGGCUAAGGUGUAUGUAAACUUCCGACUUCAACUGUAGAUAGAUAGAUAGAUGGAUCGGUGUUAUAUUUUAUCCUAUGUGUUCCAGGUGCGUGAGAUGCCCAAGCCGGCCUUUAUGAAGCAGACUCUAGGAGAGCUGGGCAUCGGCACCUACAAGAACAUAGCCUUCAUCCACCCUGACACACCCAUCAUCAAGGCCCUGCAGAUCUUCGUAGAGAGGAGGGUGUCUGCCCUGCCUGUGGUGGACGUAUCUGGUACGUGUUACUGUAAAACACUUUGUGACAACUGUUGUUAAAAUAUACUAUACAGGUAAAUUUGAUCGAUUGAGAUUCAGUUCAACUCUGGUUAUGUUUCAAUCUCCUGACAGGGAAAGUGGUGGAUAUUUACUCCAAAUUUGAUGUCAUAGUAAGUUGUGAUUUUGGAAAUACAGCUUGGUAUUCAUGUUACUUCUCCCUCAACAAUAUAUUGUGUGAAUGUUUUCCUUCAAAAAGCCAUCCAUAUGAGUGUGUCUAUGUAUCAUGUAUAGAACCUGGCAGCAGAGAAGACGUAUAAUAACCUAGACAUCACAGUGACCCAGGCUCUGAGGCAUCGCUGCCAGUACUUUGAGGGGGUCAUGCAAUGCCACAAGCUGGAUACACUGGAGACUAUUGUGGACAAGAUUGUCAAAGCAGAGGUGAGUUCAAACACACACAUACACACAUGAAUUCAACACACCAACAACACAAGCAAUAACGUGCAAACUCAACACAGACACAAAAUGCCCACUGUCCCUCUCUUCCUCUCCUUUUCUCUUUCUCUCUCUGUGUGUGUGUGUGUGUGUGUGUGUGUGUGUGUGUGUGUGUGUGUGUGUCAGGUCCAUCGGUUGGUAGUGGUGGAUGAGCGCUCGGCCAUCGAGGGCAUCAUCUCCCUGUCUGACAUCCUGCAGGCCUUGGUGCUCAGCCCAGCAGGUAUAGACGCUCAGCAUUCCUAACCCCCUCCUAAUACUACACUUGGACCCUGAGCUCCCUCCCCACCCUGCCCUGUCCUGCCCUGUCCUGUCCUGCCUCGCGCACCUCACACAGGUAGGACACUAACACACACUCAGGCCUUUGCUGGUUGGCACCCACAUGCGGAUGGCAUGGGCUUGAUGCCAGGCUGCCCGUGCCUUUGAGCCGUCCUGUAUGCCAGCGCGUGACGGUGUGGGCUUGGCUGUGUGUCUGACUCAGGACCAUGUCUUGUCCUCUCGUGCUACCCUCAGAUUCUAAUAGAAGAAUGUUCAUGUCAACAUCUUACUACCAUAUGCUUGGUAGCCUUUCUUUGUUGUCUUGGUAUUUUGUCUGUCUGCUUAUAGUUUUGAAUAAUGAGGAAGAAUGUGGAAUAAUGUAAGAUAACAAGUUUGCAUGUUUGUGCUUUGGAAGGAAAUGCCUUUGCUGGUGCAGUUAUAAUGCAUUUAAAAAUUGCAUUUUGAAUUUGCUGGUGCAUCAGUUCCCAGAUUGAAAACUGCAGUGAGCAAGACUCAUCAACUCAGAUGUGAGACGUGAGCGUGAAUGAAACCUAUCUCCCUGAAGCAAAUAAGCCUACUAUUGUUAUGUUGGACAUUAGCCUGGUCCUAGAUCUGUUGCAAUAGCCAACACCUAUGGUCAUUGUAAUGCCAGCACAAACAGAUCUGGGACCAGGCUAGUGGGAUGUAUUCUUGUGUCCUUACCUCACAUGUCUGUUCUCCCCUUCCCUAGAUGCCUGCAGAGAGGAGGGCCUCCUGGAGUGAGAGGGGGGUCUACUGCAGCUGGAAUCACAGAGGCUGUUCUAAAAUAUAGAACUUGUAUUCUACAGGUAGCUGCUAAAAUAAAGGAAACACUUAGGGAUACAAAGUAUAUUGAAAG